AUGGACGACCCUCCCGCACCAACUACUUCAGAACCUAGUUCUCAACUGGGUCCUGAAGUAGCUAGUUAUGUUACAGUUCCAACUAUCAAUACUAAUUGUAAUAAUGUAGUAUUAGAUAAGUGGAUGGAUGCCACUCCUAAGAAACGCAGACGAAGGAAACAUGACAGUGAUUCUUUAGAAUCAAAUAAUAAUUCCAAUUCUGAUGUUACUUUUAAAGAAACCACUACUAAUAACAAUAGUAAUAUGAUUGAACAAUCUUCUUUACCAGUUGUACGUUCUGAGUACUUACCAAGUGAUUCCCGCCCUUAUAUUGUCCAUGUUCAGAGAUUGGAAUCAUCUCCUAAAGAUGGUUCCACUUUGCAUCCCAUUACAUUUGGAUUUCACUAUGCUACUAAUAAGAACUGUCCAGAGUAUAAUCGUCAAAAAAAUAUUAAAUCUAGUAUGGCUCAAAAUAAUAUUUCAUACAACGAAGCAAGCAAACUUCACCCUCAAGUAGGUUCAGUUUCUACCCGUUUAUUGUUGCUCGGUGAUUUUAAUUCUCAACACCAAUAUUGGGGAAGUAGCAUUACCAAUAGAAGUGGGGAACAGCUUUUAGGUUUAAUAGAUAUGUUCAAUUUAUGCAUUCUUAACACGGGUCACCCUACACGCCGUACUAAAGCAAAUGAAAAUAUAAGUGCGAUAGAUCUUUCUAUUUGCUCGCCAGAAUUGGCUUCAUCUAUAUUAUGGCGUCCUCUGGAAACUUCAUUUGGAAGUGACCAUUAUCCAAUAAUAAUGACAGUUCCGAUUAAAAAUAGUUACAAUAAGGUUAAAAAAACACGAUUAAAAUAUAUAAUAAAAAAUGCUGAUUGGGGCAAAUUUAAAGAGAAUGUUGAAAGCCGGAUUAAAGACCUGCCAGUAAUUUAUGCAGGUAAUGAGAAUUCUUGUUCUGAACAUCUAGCUAACAUAUUUAUUGAAGCGGCAGAUGAUACUUUUCCGCAUAAAUCCACUAAUAGUUCAAAACUUAAAUUUCCAGCAUGGUGGGAUAAAGAAUGCAGUAACGCUGUCAAAGAAAGGAAGCGUAUGGAAAGAAUUUACGCGCAUGAUAUGUCCGACAUAAAUUUUGAAAAUCUCUCUCAAACCAUUAAUCUUACCCGGUCACUUCUUAAAACAAAAAAACAAGAAGGGUGGAAAUCUUUUUGUUUAUCUUUAUCCCCUGAUACUUCUCCUGGUGAAGUGUGGAAAAAUAUUAGACGUUUUCGAUCAGCUUUCAAAGAACAAUCAUCCGACAUUUCUAAGGAAUUAGCUCAUAAAUUUAUAGAUAAUCUGGCACCUCUUACGGUCCCGGAGUAUAUUGAUAGGAUACCCUCAGUUAUCUCCCCUACAGAUCAUAAUUAUAGUUCUUUAGUAGGAUGUCCAUUUAUUUUAGAAGAACUCAAAGGAGUUCUUUCGUGUGUUAAAGAUUCUUCGCCGGGAAUGGACGGGAUUCCAUAUUCCUUUUUAUCUCACCUAUCAGAACCAUGUUUAAAAUAUUAUUUAGACUUAAUAAAUUCAAUAUUGAUGUCUGGGAACAUUCCUCGGUCUUGGAAAUCGCAAGAAAUAAUUCCUAUCUUAAAGCCAAAUAAAUCCUCAAGUGAGGUAGCAUCCUAUAGGCCAAUUGCUUUAUCAUCUGUUCUUUGCAAAAUUUUAGAGCAUUUAAUUAAAAAUAGGCUAGAGUGGUAUUUGGAACAUAACCGACUUCUAUCGAAUAGUCAAUUUGGGUUUCGAAAGGCAAAGAGCGCCAUUGACAACAUCUCCAUACUAACUUCAGACAUCAAUAUCGCUUUUUCAUGUAAUCAACAUGUUGUUGCUGCGUUUGUUGAUAUUCGUUCAGCAUACGACAAUGUUGUUAUCUCGAUACUACAAAAAAAACUUUUGAAACUUGGUAUUCCUAAUGUUUUAAUUAAUUUUAUUAUAUCAUUACUAGAACAAAGAUAUAUAUUUUUAAACAUUGAUGAAUCUGUCCAACUAAAACGUACAAUAAGUAAAGGUCUCCCUCAAGGAUCAGUCUUAAGUCCUCUGUUGUAUAAUAUUUACACACAUGAUUUGGCUGAUUCACUCGAUUCCACUAUUAACAUCCUUCAGUACGCGGAUGAUCUAGUUAUAUACACAAUAGAUGCUAACUUAAACUGUGCUUGUAAUUUUUUAAAUCAAGGUCUUACUGACCUUAAAUGCUGGCUCGAUAAAAAUGGAUUAGAUGUUUCUGUCCAUAAAAGUGUCGCCGUUGUCUUUACAAGAUCGCGAAUGAUUCCUAGGGUUAAUAUUUGUUUUAAUGAGAAGCAGAUACCACUUCAAAAUCAUACAAAAUUUUUAGGUAUAAUCUUGGAUAGUAAAAUGACUGGUACUUUUCACGUUGAGUACAUAUGUACAAAAUGUGAAGGUAUACUUAAUUUAUUAAGAUGUCUUUCGGGAGUUUGGUGGGGUGCUCAUCCUUAUUGUAUGAAAUUGGUCUACAAUGCUUUGAUUCGAAGUAUUCUGGACUAUGGUAUGUUUUUAUUAGAAAGCGGUAACGUUACAGCACUAAAAAAAUUAGAUCAAAUCCAAGCUAAGGCUCUGAGAAUUAUGUUAGGUGCUAUGAAAUCCAGUCCUAUUAAUGCUCUUCAGGUUGAAGGUGGGGAUCCUCCGCUCAAGAUCCGAAGGCAAUACUUAUCUGAUAGAUUUUUAUUCCGUAUAUUACAAUACAGCAACCAUCCAUUAAUAAACAAGCUAAAAACUUUGAACGAUCGGAUAAGUUUAAUAUCGAUAAGAAAUGGCGUGAUUGGCAUCACAUUUAUACCGAUGCCUCUAAAGCCGACUCUUCCUCUCUUUGCUGUGUUGGAGUUGGAAUAUAUCACGUUCAAUAUAAGAUUACACAAAAAAUAA